AUGGCAACUUCACUUCUAGGGGAAGAGCCUAAGUUUGGAUCUACUCCUCUAGCCAUGCUUGCUGCUACCUGUAACAAAAUCGGCAGCCCGAGCCCCACAUCUGCCAUGAUUUCAGACAGCGCAUCCUUCGGGAAAGGCUUUCAUCCCUGGAAACGAGCAUCACCUGGAAGCUGCAGCCUCGGUUCGAGUCUCUCGUCCCGUGGCGCAACUGGUCUUGCGGAUUCCUUCAGCACCGGAGGCUCGCCAGUAUCCAGCGUGUUCUCUUUAACCACCAGUGCGUCGACCAGCCCGUUCGUAAGUGACUACUCUGCCUUCCAAAGUUCAGUGUCAAUCUCGGGAGGGUCCCAGGAACCGACUUCACAGCCCGUAUUUAUCUCCAAAGUUCAUACUUCGGUAGACAGCCUACAGGGUAUUUACCCAAGGAUGGGAGUCGCGCACGCGUACGACUCGUGGUUCAAGUCGACUGGAGACGUGGGCGCAUCGGCCAGCGCUUCUGCGUGGUGGGACGUGGGGACAGGAUGGAUCGACAAUCCACUGGGUGCAAACGGCCUCCAGAGCUCGUUGCAUUCCCCGCUAGGAGGUUACAACUCGGACUACACAACUGCGCUUGGCCACUCCGCAUUUAGCGCCGCUUCCUCACCGCACCUGCUCGCCAGCGGACAGCAUAUAGUAGACGGGUUCAAGCCCGUUUUGCCUAGCUCGUAUCCAGAUCCCAGCCAGAGCUCGGUAGCGGGCGCGUCCGCUGCUGUAACCCUUGCAGGCUCUCCGCGUUCAUCAGCACGACGCUACGCAGGCAGGGCGACGUGCGAUUGCCCAAACUGCCAAGAAGCUGAGAGACUCGGACCGGCAGGUGCCAGUCUACGGCGCAAAGGGCUUCACAGCUGCCACAUUCCAGGAUGCGGCAAAGUCUACGGAAAGACGUCUCACCUCAAGGCGCACCUGCGCUGGCACACAGGGGAAAGGCCGUUCGUGUGCAACUGGCUGUUUUGCGGCAAGAGGUUCACGCGUUCUGAUGAGCUGCAGCGGCACCUGCGCACGCACACCGGCGAGAAGCGAUUCGCCUGCCCCGUGUGCAACAAGCGCUUCAUGCGCAGCGAUCAUCUCAGCAAACACGUGAAGACGCACAGCGCAGGCGGAGAUACCACAUCCACCAGCGGAGCCUGCAAAAAGGGCAGCGACACCGACAGCGAGCAAAGCGCACCGGGCAGCCCAACGUGCCAGUCCCCAGAUAACCCUGUAAACUACGCAUCCAGUCCAGACGUCAAGCCCGAACGGCCACAGUUUAACCAACUGAACAAUUUAAAUAUAUAACCUGCCAUGUAAAGUGUCAGGAGGUCCAGUAAGCAAGCAAAUUAAUCUUGGGGUUGAAAAGUGAAAUGCGGAGGCAUAUACUGCAUAAGUAGGUAUAAAGAUAUAACCUACUUAUAAUCAAAUAUAGAAUAUUCACAUCAUCAAAAACCUUUAAAAAAUGUAAAAGAUUAUUUUGUAUGUCUCAGGUGUGGACAGGGAACCAUAAUGAUAACCUAGAGACAGACCAAUGUGCGUCAAAGAAACUUACUGAAAAAUUUUCACGCUUAUUUGCGUAUUUGGUUUUAUUUAUACUGAGGCACUUUACUCCUAAUAUUUCAACACAAACGCUGUUUACUUCUUGUAAAUUAAUGCACAAACUCAGCUUAACAACACUGAGUGAAUUCCAUAAGAUUUGUUUUCUCUUUACUUCCAUCCUCAUACAGCAAUUUUUGUUUGUGAACAAACAGUGCUUAGUUACAAGAGGGUCUAAAAGGCAUUCGAAAUGUUGUAAAUUGUACUCAGCAAAUAAAAAAAAAACAAUCUCAGUAUGGAUUAUGUACCGUAGUUUUAAUUUCUUUGUGAUUCAUAAAUAUCUCUGAUAUCUACAAGUUCGCUUAUCUGUUCACCUGUUCACUUUCUCCUGAAAAACUAAAAUUGUACAUACGUGUCUCAGUUCUAUUUAUCCACGAGUUUGGACUGUACUUUGAAGUCUAUCAGAGUCGCACUUUGAAUUUAUAUUUAUGAUUUUAGAAUAAAAUCAUGUCGAUCAGGUUUUUAUUUUUUUUAUUUAAUCUUUUUUGUUUGUUUGUUUAAU